CCGGAGGAGGCGCGAGGAGCGCGCCCACGUCCGCCGCCGCCGCCGCCGCCGUCGUCACCACGCGAGGCAUAAAUCAUCAUCAUCAUCAUCAUCAUCAACAACUCCAGUGAGGAGGAGGAGGAGACCAAGAAGAGAGGAGAUGCUGGAGAAUGGCCGCACCUGACCUCCUCGACCCCAAGUCCGCCGCCCACAACGCCAAGCCCCGCCUGUCGUUCUCGGCCAAGCCGGUGGUCCUGACGUGCCCCGACGAGGACGAGCGCGACGGCGCCCGCGCCACCGUCAUGCGCUGGAAGACGGUGUCGGCCAUCUUCUUCCUGGUGGUGGUCUACCUGGUGAUCGGCGCCGCCGUCUUCCGGGCGCUGGAGCAGCCGCACGAGCGGUCGCAGAAGUUGGCCAUCCUGGCCGAGAAGCUCGACUUCUUGGCCGUGCACGCCUGCGUCAACUCCUCCGAGCUGGAGGACCUGGUCAAGCAAGUGGUUUCGGCCGUCCGGGCGGGCGUCAACCCGUCGGCCAACUCCAUCAACCAGACCAGCCUGUGGGACUUGGGCUCCUCCUUCUUCUUCGCGGGAACCGUCAUCACCACCAUCGGAUUCGGCAACAUCGCCCCUCACACGGAAGGCGGGCGGAUCUUCUGCAUCAUUUACGCCCUGAUGGGGAUCCCCCUCUUCGGCUUCCUGUUGGCCGGAGUGGGCGACCAGCUGGGCACCAUUUUUGGCAAGGGCAUCGCCAGAGCGGAGAAGACCAUCGUGAAGUGGAAAGUCAGCCAGACCAAGAUCCGGGUCAUCUCCACGCUGCUCUUCAUCCUGUUCGGCUGCCUGAUCUUCGUGGCGCUGCCGGCGCUCAUCUUCGAGCGCAUCGAGGGUUGGAGCACGCUGGAGUCCGUCUACUUCGUGGUCAUCACGCUCAGCACCAUCGGAUUCGGAGACUUUGUCGCCGGGGAAAAAGGUGGUUCCGAGAGUCCGGAGUACCUCAAGUACUACAAGCCGGUGGUCUGGUUCUGGAUCCUGGUGGGUUUGGCCUACUUCGCCGCCGUGCUCAGCAUGAUCGGCGACUGGUUCCGUGUCAUCUCCAAGAAAACCAAGGAGGAGGUGGGCGAGUUCCGGGCUCAUGCCGCCGAGUGGACGGCCAACGUGUCGGCCGAGUUCAAGGAGACCCGCCGGCGCCUGAGCGUGGACAUCUACGACAGGUUCCAGCGCGCCGCCUCCAUCAAGCGCAAACUGUCGUCGGAGCUGGGCAUCGGCGCCUCCGCCGGCCAGGAAAUGACCCCCGGCAAGCGGACGCUGUCGGCCAACCUCGCCGACGACCGCGAGGCCUUCUCCGACCUGACCGUGUCGCUCAAGCCCGCGACGGGCGCGCUGACCCGCAACGGCAGCCUCUUCCUCAACGGCCUCAGCCCGGACUUUGCCGACCGGCUGGAGGUCGCCGUCGUGGAAAACGCCAAAUGAGGACCUUCGGGGGCGGGAGGAGCCUCGGGGAGCUCCCGACCUUCCGUCCCCCGGGGGCCGACACGUCCCUUUCCUGGAGAUAAGUGAAGCAAGUCACUCCGCAAAAAUGACCAACGUGAUUCCGCAAACAUGGCCGACAAGAUGGCCACCGUGCUGCAAAACGCGACAUUGGAGAAAAGUCCUCCAAAAUCCUGGGGACGGACGACAAA